AUGACCAUGAACGAAACCAAUCGUCUCAUUCGCAUGCUCAGGGCCUCUGCUGCUCAACAUGCUGACCACAGCUACUCUAGUGACCGCCAAUUUCACGACUCCGCCAACGACAUUCGCAAGAAUCUCAGGACUUCGGCUGCAGCUCGCAAGCCCCUCUCCGUUUCGCUGCUCGAAGAUCUCAUCUACGCUACCAAGCACGGUGUGCCCUACCCCAGCGAGCCUCUGACAUAUCAGUCCAAGGUCGCUCUCGAACACAUCCUUGACACUCUCAACCGGACCAUUCCCCAGGAGCCCGCAGUUUCCAUCACAUUCCCCGCGAUGGCUGGUCGAUUCCCGGUGCUUAGCACCUCCAACCUCCCCGCUGCCUCAGCCGAGGAACAGUCCGCCACAGCAUCACCCGCCCGCGGCACUGCUAUGCUCAACAACAUCUUCAAGUCGGUACGCGUUCCGGAGUUCCGCUUCAAAUGGAUGUUCUGGGCCGAGAAGGGUCAGCAAGCCGCACCCAAGGAUAAGUCAGCAUCAUCGGAGGAGUACCUCACACGUCCCAAGCCACUUGGAGAGCAGAUUGUCUCCGUCAAGGAGUUUUACCAGCACUUCAACAACAUUCCGGUUGAGAAUCUGAAGCUCCGGGACUCGAUACACCUGUUCCAUCUCGGUGUGAAGCCGGUCUGGGAAGACCCGCGGAACAUGCGAGGUGGAGCAUGGUACUUCAAGGUCAGCAAGGACCUGGCGUCGCAGUUCUGGCACGAGAUGUGCCUGCUUGCGGUCGGCGACAUCUUGCAGGGAGCCGUCGAGACAAAGCGUGCCUCCUUCAAUGACGACAUCUGCGGAAUCUCGUACAGUGUUCGUUGGAAUGCUGUACAGAUCGCCGUCUGGAACCGGGACGCUGACAACGAGGACGGCCGCACGAAGCUCCUGGCAGUCAUUCUUGACAAGCUGUCCGAAGAGCUGCGACCCAAGAAGGAGGACAGCUACUGGUAUAAGGCGCACAAGGAGCACAAGGGCUUUAUUGAGCAGUAGUGAGUCGACCUUGUGCCUAUAGCUGUCGCUCCGGGCAAGAUGAUGUGGUGGAAGAAUUGAGUACGGAUGAGACAUUGGGUCUCACAUAUGUGCAUACAAGCAUGAGCGUUGAUAAAUACAUCCUUUUAAGUGUGCA